UAAUAGCGCACCUGUAAUGAAAAACUUAUUAAAGUCAACCCUUUACCGGUGAUUUUAAUUUGACUAUACAUUGACAAAUUGCAUGUUGGUUCUGUACACGCCACUUUGACCAGGUUUAUCAUGACAUAACACCGUCUGCAAACUGAAGGGUCAUCAAGUUGGAUUUGAGUAAAAAGGACACAACAAACCCAGAGUUGGUGCCCACACGAAAAAGAGAAAGGUCUAGUAAAUAAAACAAUUCUCAAAUUCAUUUGAACUGAUUCAUAAAACUGUACUGACGCUAAUAUUCACUCGAGCGUGACGGCGGUAUAUAAAGCGACACCAUGGCCGAUAGCGAAUCACAUUUGUAUGGUGAGGACGAGGACGAGGAAAUGCCAAUGACUGAACGAGAUCUAGCAGACGACGCGCAAUGGAAGGUAAUUCAGAAAAAUACCUUCACCAGGUGGGCCAACGAGCACCUGAAAACUGCCAACAAGAAUAUUAAUAACUUGGAUUCUGAUUUAUCCGAUGGAUUACGACUUAUUGCUUUAGUGGAGGUUUUAUCCGGCAAAAAAUUUAAACAUGUCAACAAAAGACCCAAUUUUAGAACCCAGAAAUUGGAAAAUGUUACCAUGGUGCUGGAGUUUCUGGAGAGAGAUGAGGGGAUCCGAAUUGUCAACAUUGACAGUUCGGACAUUGUGGACUGUAAGUUGAAGCUGAUCCUGGGUCUGAUAUGGACCCUCAUUUUACACUACUCAAUCUCUAUGCCCAUGUGGGAGGGAGAGGAGCCCACCCCAUCCGAGGGCGGCCCCACCCCCAAACAGAGGCUGCUCAACUGGGUCCAGAGCAAGGUUCCCGACCAGCCAAUCAAAAACUUCACCACAGACUGGAACGACGGCCGGGCCAUCGGAGCCCUCGUCGAUGCUGUCGGACCUGGUCUCUGCCCUGACUGGGAGGACUGGAAUCCCAAGAACGCCAAGAAAAAUGCCAAGGAGGCCAUGGACAAUGCUGAGAAAUGGCUGGAUAUUCCUCAGCUCAUUAAGCCCGAGGAAAUCACCAAUCCCAAGGUGGACGAGCUGUCCAUGAUGACCUACCUGUCCCAGUUCCCCAAGGCCAAACUGAAGCCCGGGGCUCCCGUCAGACCACGCCUCAACCCAAACCGUGUCCGCGCCUACGGACCGGGUCUGGAGCCCAAGGGCAACCAGGUCGGAGCACCUGCCCGCUUCACCGUGGAAACCUUCAGUGCUGGCAAGGGAUCCCUGGAGGUCACUGUACUGAACCCCAAAGGAAAGAAAGAAACUUGCGAGUGCGUGUUUAACAACGACAGGAAUCUAACGUACUCCUGUGUGUACGUACCCAGUAUGGAGGGAGAAUACAAAGUUAUCAUCAAAUUUGGUGAAAGAGAGAUCAACAAGUCUCCAUUUUCAGUCAAGGUCGAGGGAGCGGCUGGUGACCCCACCAAGGUCACUGCCUCCGGCCCGGGUCUGGAGAAGACCGGCGUCAUAGCAACCAAGAGAACUUACUUCGAGGUCUUCACAAAGAAUGCAGUACCAGCAGAAUUAUUAAGUGACAUAGAUGCAGUUAAAAUAGUAGUAGCUUCGGGAAAGAAAGAAGCAGGCAAAGGCAGCAUUGAUGUGGUCAUCCUUGACCCCCACGGUAGGAAGGACACAAUCCGCCCCAGCAUCUCCCCUGUCCCCGGUAAGGAGGGCACUUAUCUGGUGGAAUACAUCGCCAUGGAGCAGGGCCUCCACUCCAUCAACAUCAUGUUUGCUGGACAGCAGAUCCCCAAAAGUCCCUAUGGCGUCAACGUAUCCCCAGCAUCCAACGCCAAGAUGUGCUAUGCUACUGGUAGAGGCAUUCAGCCUAAAGGAGUAAGGGUCAAUGAAAAUGCUGACUUCAAGGUUCACACCAAAGGAGCAGGGUCAGCUGAGGUCAAAGUUCACAUCAUUGGUCCAGGUGGAGUUGAAAUUAAGUGCACAUGUACCAAGAGUAAGACUGAGGAGGGUGUGUAUGAGUGUGUGUAUAUCCCCCUGAAACAGGGUCAGUACAUCAUCAAUAUCACAUUCGGUGAGCAGCACAUUGCCAAGAGUCCAUUCAAGGUUGAAGUGGGCCCCGCUAAAACAUCAAAGAUCCGUGCCUACGGCCCAGGUCUGGAGGGGGGUGUGGUCAACCAACCUGCCCGCUUCACCGUGGAGACCCAGGGAGAGACUGGAGCUCUCGGAUUUUCUAUUGAGGGACCCUCCCAGGCUAAGAUAGACUGUAAGGACAAUGGGGACGGCUCGGCCGAUGUGACCUACUUCCCAACCGCCCCCGGGGAGUAUGCUGUCCACAUCCUCUGUAAUGAAGAUGACAUUCCCAAGUCUCCCUACAUGGUCCAAAUCCAACCAGAAACCAAAGCAUUCAAUGCAUCGAAGGUCACAGCCUUUGGCCCCGGUCUGGAGAAGUCAGGAGUGGUCCAGAACAAAUGGACAGAAUUCACAGUGGAUGCCAAGAAGGCUGGUAAGGCCUCACUGAGUGUGAGCUGUCUUGAUGUGGACCUGAAGCCAGUCCCGAUAGAGGUCCUGGACAAGAAGGACGGGACCUUCCAGUGUAAAUACAUGCCCAAGAAGUCCUGUAAACACACCAUCACCAUCACCUGGGGAGGGGUACAGAUACCCAACUCACCCUUCAGGAAUGAUAUCGAGUCAGAUGUAGAUGAGGUGCAAGUUGGAGAGCCCAGUAAACCAGCCAAUGUCAAGGUCUAUGGACCAGGAGUUGAGAAAGGGGUCAAGACCAUGGUCAAGACUUACUUCAUUGUGGAUUGCACAUCUGCUGGGCCAGGAGAUAUCGGCAUCGCCCUCACUGACGGAAAUGGUCGUGAUGUUCCUGUAAAGACCACCGACCAGAAAAACGGAACCUUCCGUGUGGAGUAUGAACCCGUUAACCCCGGAACUUAUGUUGUGGCAGUUUACUUUGCCGGCAAGGAGAUUCCCAGCAGUCCCAUCAAGGUCCCCGUGGAGGCCAGCAUUGACCUCAGCAAGGUCAAGGUCGUAGGACUUGAUAAACCAAUGACAGUAAAUAAAGAGAGAGAAAUUCAGAUUAUCACAAAAUCUGCUGGUAAAUCCACCACACCAGCCAAGGUCACAGUCACAAUGCCCAGUAAAAAGAAGGUGGAGCUAAAGGAAAAACCAACCCCUGAAGGUUACCAGACCUUCUUCACUCCCACUGAGGUGGGACCCCAUAAAGUGGAGGUCACCUACGGAGGUAGCCCAGUUCCCAAGUCUCCAUUCACUGUGGAUGUUUUGCCCGACUCUGCCAGCAAAGUUAAGGCUUAUGGCCCAGGUCUCAAGGGAGGUAAUGCCAACUCCCCAGCUGAAUUCACCAUUGAUUCUCGUGCUGCUACCUCCCCAGGAGAACUUGGGGUCACCAUUGAGGGACCCAAGGAGGCUAAGAUUGAGACCAAGCAGAACCCUGACGGUACUGUUGGUGUCACUUACUACCCCGAAGUACCAGGAGAGUACAAGAUCAAUGUGACCUACGCCAAUGCACACAUCAAGGACUCACCAUUCAAAGCCAAGAUCUUACCAGAAGAUGCUGCCAACAAGGUGAAAUGCUAUGGAGAGGGUUUGACCACUGGGCUUGCUAUGCAGCCAGCAACAUUCACUGUUGACACCAGAGAGGCCCCUAAGCCCGAGAAGAAGAUUGAUGUGAAGGUCAAAGGACCAGGUCAUGCUAAGGUCGAAAUGAAGAAGAAACCAGACACUACCACUGAGGUGACCUAUCACCCCACCAAACCAGGGGACUACACCAUUGAUGUGACCUAUGAUGGCAAACAGGUCAAGGAUUCGCCAUUCAAGGCUACUAUCAAACCAGAGGAUGCAGCAAGCAAGGUCAAAGCAUAUGGUCCAGGACUCACUGGAGGCAAUGCUAAUGUAGCUGCCACAUUUACUGUGGAUACUAAAGAAGCACCUGCUCCUAAACAGAAUGUGGAUGUCCAAGUGAAAGGACCAGCACCAGUUCAGCCCAAAUUGACCAAGAAACCAGAUGGAACAGUGGAUGUGGACUACACUGCCACUAAACCUGGUGAUUACACCAUUGAUGUCACCUAUGGAGAUAAGCCCAUCAAAGAUUCUCCAUUUAAGGCCAAGAUUGUGCCUGAUGAGUCUGCCUCCAAGGUCAUUGCCUAUGGUCCUGGACUCACCAAUGGAAAUGCUAAUGCCCCAGCCACUUUCACUGUGGACACCAGAAAUGCUCCUUCAAAGGGACAGAAUGUGGAUGUCAAAGUGAAAGGACCAGCUCCAGUGAAACCAAACCUGAAGCCAAAGGCAGAUGGCACCAUUGAUGUGGACUACACUGCCACGGCUCCUGGUGAUUACACCAUAGAUGUCACCUAUGGAGACAAGCCCAUCAAGGAUUCUCCGUUCAAGGCCAAGAUAAGCAAGGAUGUGGCAGACACCCGUGUCCGUGCCUAUGGUCCAGGCCUGGAGAAAGGAAAUGCACAGGCACCAUGCACCUUCACUAUCGAUUCUAGAAAGGCAGCUGUACCAGGGCCUGUUGGGGUCAAGGUUCAUGGACCCAAGGAGGCAAAGAUUGACAUGAAACAGAACCCAGACGGAACCUUUGGAGCUACAUAUGUUCCCACAAUGCCUGGUGAAUACACGGUUGAGGUGACCCACUGUGACAAGCCUCUGGAGGAGUCCCCAUUCAAGGUUAAGAUUGGACCCCCAUCAGGUGAGCCUAUUGACACUACUGACAGUGGAGUCAAGGCUUAUGGUCCAGGUCUAAAGAAUGGCAUUGCAGAUAAGCCUGCUGUCUUCACUGUUGAUGCUAGAAAUGCCAAAUACCCUGGUGCUAUUGGUGUCGGAAUUGAAGGGCCCAAGGAGGCAACUAUUGAUACCAAGCAGAACCCAGACGGUACUGUUGCUGUGACAUACUACCCAACAGAACAGGGAGAAUACACCAUCAGUGUUACUUAUGAUGACAAGCCAAUCAAAGAGUCGCCAUUCAAAUGUAAAGUCAGGCCCUCCGCUUACGAGAAGAAACCAUUGGCUGAGGCUGACCUUAGUGGAGUCAAGGUUUAUGGACCAGGCCUGAACCCCGAGGGAGUUUACCUGGAUUCUCCCACAGAAUUCACUGUGGAUGCCAAGACUGUGUCUCCCUCUGGGGAAGGAACCGUCCGCGCUGUCGUCAACAACCCCUCAGGGGUCAAGAACGACACCACGGUCACCAACAAAGGGGACGGUACCUAUGACGUACUCUACACCCCAGUGGAGGAAGGAAACAUUGAUGUGGAUGUCACUUAUGACAACAUGGCAAUCCCCAACAGUCCAUUCAAGGUGGCAGCUGUACCUGGCUGUGACGCUAGCCGUGUCAAGGCCUACGGACCAGGACUCCAGGGUGGCUUCACCAACCAGCCCCAAGUCUUCACCAUCGACAUCAAGGGGGCGGGGCAGGGCGGUCUGGGACUGUCCAUUGACGGACCCUCGGAGGUUCCCAUCAACUGUAAGGACAACAGGGAUGGUACUUGUACUGUUGAGUACCUGCCAAGCAAACCUGGAGAGUACGAUGUCUCCGUCAAAUUUGCUGACCAGGAAAUUCCCAACUCUCCUUUCCGUGUCGGAGUAAAGAACCCAGUAGAUGCCAAGAAGGUCAAAUGCUAUGGACCUGGCGUUGAGCCAAUGGGAGUUAAGACUGGUGCCCCAGCAACCUUCACCGUGGAUACCACCGAGGCCGGAGAGGCUCCAUUAGAGGUCACAUGCACUGACCAGAGAGGACGUGUCCAACCAGCUCAGCUGACCCCCGUAGCUGAAGGGGUGGUCGAUGCCACUUACUACCCAGUGGAAGAAGGACCUUGCAAAGUUGAUGUCAAAUACGCCAACCAGCAUGUACCAGGAAGUCCUUUCACCACCAAUGUUGAACCAGGAGUGGAUGCCAGUCGUGUCCGUCUAUCUGGUGCCGGUGUCCAGGAUAGUAUUCCUGCCAGUUUACCUGUCACCUUCCUCAUCGACACCAGGGAGGCCGGCAUUGCUGAUCUGGAAGUUCUCAUCAAGAGACCAGACGGUACUUAUGCCCACCCACACAUUGUGGACAAUGGAGAUGGCACAUUCACUGUGUCCUACGUCCCAGAUGACCUUGGAACUUACGAGAUCCUGAUCCGCUUUGGAGGUCAAGUGGUGCCCAACACCCCACUCAAGGUCAAUGCCUAUCCCGUGGGUGACGCCACCAAAUGUAGAAUUACAGAUGGUCUGGAGAACACAACUGUCCCUGUCAACAAGGAGACUGUAAUUUGUGUGGACGCCUCCCAGGCCGGUGAUGGUAAGGUCACCUGUCGCAUCCGCAGCCCCAGCGGCAACGACAUCGAUAUUGACAUUGUGGAGAAUCCGGACGGAACAUUCAGCAUCCUGUUCACCCCCCAGAUGAUGGGAGCCUAUACCAUCAACAUCAAGUUUGGUGGACAGAGCGUGCCCGGCGGAGAGUACGACGUCCAGGUUCUUACUAGUAAUGAUUGGUCCAUUUCGGCUGUUAGUCCAGAGGAGUAUGAGAAAUACCUAGAGGAUCAGGUGGGGGCCACAGAGGAUCUGAUCAGCCCUGACACUGUGGAUGCUGUACACGCAGGUGCCCCCGGAGCAGGCCUCUUCCAACCCGUGGACAUCCGUAUUCCUGUCGGACCCAUUUUCAAUUUUGUGUCUGCAUAUGUAGUCAUGCCUUCAGGCAAGAAAGCCUAUCCCAAGAUCCAGGACAACAAAGAUGGCACCGUUACCGUUAGAUACCAGCCCACCGAGAUUGGGCUUCACGAACUCUAUGUCAAAUACAACAACGACGACAUUGAAGGUAGUCCAUUCAAAUUCCAUGUUGAUGCCAUCAACAGUGGUCAUGUGACUGCUUACGGUCCAGGCCUCUGUCACGGAAUCGUCAACGAACCGGCAGAAUUCACCAUAGUAACCAAAGAUGCUGGUGCAGGUGGACUUUCUCUGGCUAUUGAGGGUCCCUCUAAGACCGAGAUCAAAUGUGUGGACAACGGUGAUGGAACCUGUACUGUGGGUUACGUCCCCACCGCCCCGGGAGAAUACAACGUCUCGGUCAAGUUCGCUGACAGUCACAUCGCAGGCUCUCCCUUCACCGCCAAGAUCAGUCCAACCGCCAGCGAGCCCCGUAGAAAGGCACAGAUUGGUCGAAGCAGUGAGGUGUCGCUGAAGGUCAUGGAGCAGGACAUCAACAAUCUGACCGCUAGUAUCCGCUCACCCACGGGCCGCGAGGAGCCCUGUCUGCUCAAACGCCUGGCCAACGGACAUCUAGGAAUUUCUUUCACUCCUCGUGAGGUUGGAGAACACUUGGUGAAUGUCUUCAGAAAUGGACAACACAUUAACGGUAGUCCAUUCAAGAUCAUUGUCGGUGAGAGCGAACUCGGCAAUGCCAGCAAGGUCCGAGUGGCCGGUGAGGGUCUACAGAACGGCAUGGCCAACGAAAUCAACGAGUUCAUGGUCGACACCAGAGAUGCAGGCUACGGCGGUCUGAGCCUCUCCAUUGAGGGUCCCAGCAAGGCAGACAUUGAGUGCCUGGAUAAUGAGGACGGGUCAUGUCGCGUCACAUACAAACCCACCGAGCCCGGAAACUAUAUCAUCAACAUCAAGUUCUCCGACGAACACGUACCAGGUUCCCCUUUCAAUGUUUCCGUCGGAGGUGAGCCCUCUUCAAGAAUGACGGAGAGAAUUACGCGCCACCGCGAGGCAGCUGACAUUACCCACAUCGGCAGUCAGUGCGAGCUCAGUCUCAAAAUUCCAGUCGCAUUCUUUGCGAGAUUUGCUCAUUAUCAAGAAGAAACUCAGACAACAUCAGGAACCAGUCCUUUCGACAUGACCGCUUCAGUCACCAGCCCCUCGGGCCUGACAGAACUCUGUGACAUUAUCAGUCUGGAUGACAACCACUACAGCAUUAAGUUCGUCCCCAAGGAAAUGGGUGUCCACACAGUUAGUGUCAAGCACAAGGACAUGCACAUCCCAGGCAGUCCAUUUGAGUUCACCGUUGGCCCUAUCACUGGAGGUGGAUCACACAAAGUCCAUGCUGCCGGACCAGGUCUGGAGAAGGGAGAAAUCAACCAGCCAUGCGAGUUCAACAUCUACACCAGGGAAGCUGGAGCCGGGGGUCUGUCUAUUGCUGUGGAGGGUCCCUCUAAGGCCGAGCUGGACUUUGAUGAUCGUAAGGACGGAUCGUGUGGUGUUAAAUAUGUCGUAACUGAGCCCGGCGAGUACCUAGUCUCUGUCAAAUUCAACGAUGAGCAUAUCCCAGAAUCCCCCUUCAAGGUGUACAUCACCCCCAGCAUUGGGGAUGCUCGUAAACUGUCCGUGGCAGCACUUCAACAGAAGGGACUACAGGUUGGAAAACCAGCAGCUUUUGUGGUCAAUUACAAUGGUGCUUCCAAAGGAAAACUUAGGGCUAGAGUUAUUUCCCCAUCUGGAACUGAAGAAGAGGCUCUUAUUCAAGAAAUUGAUGAUGGAGAGUACGCAGUGAGGUUCAUCCCCAGAGAGAACGGAGUACACAAUGUGUUUGUGACCUUUGAUGGCUGUGACAUCCCAGACAGUCCAUUCAGGGUGCUGGUGGGUAAGGUGGACGCUGACCCAGGAAUGGUGACCGCCUCAGGAGACGGACUUCGUACCGGACAGACAGGUCAGACCUGUAAGUUUGUGGUCAAUACCUGCAAUGCUGGAGCAGGUGCCCUGGCUGUCACUGUUGAAGGUCCCUCCAAGGUCAAACUAGAGUGUAAGGAGGUGGACGAGGGCUAUGAGUUUACCUACAGUCCCACCGCCCCUGGGGACUACAUGAUCACCAUUAGAUAUGCUGGAGUCAAUAUCGCUGGUAGCCCAUUCAAGGCAAAGAUUGAAGGUCAAGGAAAGCCCAGUGGAUACCAUGAGCAAGCAUCGGUUGUUGUGGAAACUGUCACCAAGACCAGCGUGAUGAGCAAGUUCAGCGGACUUCAGAAGUUCCAGUCAGACGCCAGCCGGUGUACCGCCGAGGGAAAUGGGCUGAAGAAAGCCUUCCGUGGAAAGCAGGCCACAUUCAGUGUGGACACAUCACAGGCCGGUAACAACAUGAUGUUUGUGGGAAUGAUGGGCCCCAAAGGACCGUGUGAGGAACUGUGUGUCAAAAACCAGGGAGGUUACGUGUAUAAAAUUAACUAUAUUGUCCGUGAACGCGGCGACUACAUGCUCGUGGUCAAGUGGGGCGAUCAGCAAAUCCCUGGCAGCCCCUUCUGUGUACAUGUCGACUAAAUGACAGCAUUUCUCUAGGUGUUUUCUUUUUUCAAAUUAAUGUGUGGCGUAAUAUUUAUAUUCAUUUUUUCAUCAUUUCGAUGGACAUUUUGUGUUUCCUGUCACACGUAGCAUUGUCAUUACCGAGACUUAAAAGAUCUGAAAGCCACAGAACAAGUUCUUAUUUCAAAAUGGUGCUGAAACAAAUGUAGAUACGUUUCCAUGGAAACAGUAAAUGUUCAGUCUUUUAUGCAAUUGUUGAAAUAGCUUAAUAGGUAUGCAAUACACUGUAUCAUCUGAGUAAGUGAGAACAAAUGUACUUAUAUCCCUGAGUAGAUUGAAUCCCCUGCUUGCAGGCACAUACAUGUUAUAUUACUUAACACUUGUCCAUUUGAUCAAAUGCUCAAAAUAUCUUCAGAGAGGCAGAAAUUGGUCAAGAUAAAAAAAAGUGAUAUUUUCUGGAAUCGAGGGCAUUGCAAGAGUUUCAAGUGCACUUUUGAUAGAUGUGCUAUGUACCCAUCUUGCCAUUAGGGACCCACAGAGUGACCCAGAGAGUUACCAUAACAACAAGAGGUCAGAGAACUCUCUCUCAAGGUCACUGUGUAGGGGGUAGGACUCAUUUACAAUUAUUUUCUAUGGAAAUGAAUUCAUGUGCUUCCUUAAAACUAUAUAUGCGUACAAAGAUUUAAAUGGUUGAAUUUUGUAUGUUGAGUAUAUAUAUUAUAAUAAUAUAAAAUAAAGAAUAAAUGCUUUGUAAUCAUUGUCAUAUAUGUACUUUGAAAUGUUAACGAAUGCAAUAUUACGUGGUUUUUAUGGAUUGUUACCUUAAAUCUAUGUGCAAUUAUUACACAUAGCCAGAGAUAUAAACAAAUUUCCCAAUCUUUAUUGUUUUUUUUUUAUUCAUUUGAAUUGUUACUGAAGUGUAAUCCUAUGUUGCUUUUUGUUAUGUUAUGUAUACACACAUUUUAAUUCUCUUUAAGACUUUUGAUAUUUAGUGUAAAAAGUAGUUUAAAAUAUUGUUGGUAGUGACCCAAUCUUACAGAGUAGGUAGAUUCUACGAAAUCAUUAUGUACUGGUUUAUUUUGAUACAGCUUUACAUUUAAAAAUAUGAUGAAAUUGUUCUUACAACUUUUUAUGACCCAUGGCAUUUAUAUAUUAAAGGGUACAUAUUUUGUCCUGCAUAUUCAAUAACUCUUAUAGUUAAUAGGCUUAUCCCCACCCUAUUUCGCCUGAUCGGCAGUUGAUCAGAGUUACCUGCCCUUUACACUUUUUUAAACACUAGAUGUUGCAUGCUUUAUAUGAAAAAGAACUUCUACUAUGUUGCUAAUGUUAUUUGUGUAUGCUGAAUUAUAAAAAAAUAAAUCUAAGGAAAAAGUACAAAA